CAGAUAGUUUUAGCUUGUCGUGGGACACCUUGUAUAUUGUGUCUAGCCACUAGGGUUUACUUUUUUCAUUUUUUAAUAUUUAUUCUAUUUAUGCACAAUUACGUUAUAAUAAAUAUUUUCCAGAUAUGAUUUUCUACCGUUUCUAUAGAGUAUAUUGGACAAAAAAAAAUUGUUUUCAAGUUCCCAAAAAAAAAUAAUAAAACAAAAUAAUAGAAAUAGAGCAAUCUUCAUCUUCGAAAACUUUACUGAUGGGUGAAUAACUAGGCGACAUCUAAGAUUUUUAGAUGGAAGUGCGACUUCAUACAACCUUGAAGAAAGUGUAUUUGCGGUGUUGGCAAACUUAGGUUUGCAGGUUGUACCGCUAGAGGGCGGUCAAAAUGAUCCAAUAGAAAAUAUUUUAUUCGUUUGAACUCCAUAGUUUGGACACAUGUUUAACCUGUUGCAAGUCCGCAAUUGUUUUUUAUCUGUUUUUGCGUGAAAUUUCAAAAUGUAACAUGUAUGUUACUGAUUUCGAUCACUGUCAAUGUUAUCUUUGUUCGAUCUCAUCCCAGUAUCCUGUAUUAUAAGUAUAAUGGUUCCUGAUAAAGGAGCCGUUGGAAGCAGGAAUUACUGCAAUUAUACGCCAGCACAAUCAGAAGAAACAGUUCGACUCAUUAAGUCGAGUGUAAUGUCUCAAAAACUGGCUUCCGAGACAUAUAAAAUACCACGAUCCACAUUGCAAAAAAAGGUGAUGGAAGUACACAACAAAACUCCAGGUAGUCAGACUAUAUUGUCAGUUGAAGAAGAAGGAAAAAUCGAAGCAAAUAUUUUAGUACCAUCGACAUAUGGUUUUUCUUUGGUUUCCUUAUAUCUGAGAAAACUUGUGAAGAAUUAUCUAGUUCCAAAGGGCGUAGAUAUAAGGAGGUUUAGAGAUAAUCUUCCUGGUACUGAAUGGGUAAGACUGAUUUUAAAAAGACAUCCAGCACUGACACAACGUUUUGCUGCAAAUAUAAAAUCCAUGCGGGCAGCUAUUUCAAUUAAUGUCUAAUACAUAAUUUGACAAUUUAGAAAGAGAAUUAGAGGGGGUCCACCAGAAAAUAUUUGGAAUUAUGACGAAUCCCCGCUAUCCGACGACUUAAGCAAUAAAAAAGGGGUUGCAAAUAUCCUGAACGUAUCCUAAACUCGUCCAAGCAAUCUACAAGUGUCAUAUUUUGUGGAAAUGUUUCAGGUACGUAGUUUAUAAAUCUAAAAAUAUGUACGAUACUUGGAUGGAAGGGGGACCAGAAGGAACCCGUUAUAAUCACUCAAAGAGCGGGUGGUUUGAGAGCCCUAUAUUUAAAGACUGGUUUGGAAAUCUACUUCUUCCUGCUUUAAGACAUUUAGAGGGAACCAAUGUAUUGAUUGGCGAUAACCUUUCUUCGCACCUAAAUACACAUGUUCUGGACCUUUGUUCUCAAAAUGUUUGCCACCUAACACAAAACAUAUGAGUUAACCGAUAUCGAUAUUAUUACAAAUUAUAAACUAAGUGGAGCCAAUACCACGUUUCAAAAAUUCCAGUUUUUCCACGUCUGCUCAAAUCAUUGACAGAUGCCUUAUUAGGACUGGGAAGGGAAAAUUUAAGAAGUGGAUUUGAAAGAGCAGUCAAUGUAAUAGCUGGAAGGAGCAGUUAAAUAGGCGACAUUCAAAAACAACAAGUUGCGGGUCUUAGUGGUUAGGUUAGGUUAGAAAAAUAUCGCUUUCUGCCCUACCAAAAAAACUAGGAUGAUGUCCAGUGACUGUCCAGCUCUGUUGAUAUUUCCCUCCAAUCUGAUGGAGACCAAGACUUCAGAUAACUGGAAAGUGAAAACAAAGAGACACAAGAAAAUAUAAGAACUGGAUGUAACGAAGAACUCAAAAUCGGAAAAUUUCAUCUGUUUUUAUUUGAGAAAAAGAUUUAUCCUGAAAAGAUCGUGUAAAUUAUUCAGAAAAAUAUGAAGCAAUACAAAAUAAAAACUCUUGCACCUAGUGGAUUGUUUCAGUGAAAGUGGCCCACGUCUGACGACAUUAUCUGGUACGCAGAAGAAGAGUUUUUGCAGGUCAUAGAGAAACCUAUUCCAUCCAAGAGAGGUUUCUUCAAGAUACCGGAAAUUGAAAAAUACUCCUAAGCUAGUCUUAGCUACAGUUUGAAUGUCUCGAUUUUUUUACCAAAGAAUGCUAUUUAAUUUCAUUUUCUUAACCAAAGAAUGUUAUUUUGAUCCACUAUUAUUUUUUCCAAAGAAUUUUCUUUUAUUAUGUAAUUAAAAUCAUUAUAAAACAUUUUGUUUAAUUAUUGCUAUGCUUACAUGCCCAAUAUCCUGAAAAAUAACAAAAACCUAUUUGGCAAUCAUAACCAUGGCCAGAGUCACCUAUAUAUCUGCGAGUCCUUACGUUUUCUAAAUAAAACAAGUGUGGACAAAGUAACCUAACUUGUCUGUCUGACUUUGGCCACUCAAUAUUAAAAAAAAAAGUGUAUUUAGAAAUCCGUCAGCUUUUUGCCAAUUUCAAAGAUGAAAGUACUAAUAAGACCUACAAAAUAAAACCAAGAACAAACAUUUAUAACAUUUGGUUUUUAAUAGUUAUAACAAUGUAAAGUUUAAAAAUGGACCAAAGUAACCCAAAUUUACUGUAUAAUAUUAUUAUCAAUAAAAUUUCUAUUGUAGAGAACAAGUGAUUGAACAAAUAAAAUAUAGUCCUGACCUGUCGAGCGUCGACAAAUUUUCUAUAACUAGAUUGAAUAAUGACUCAUUAGUCUACGAUUGAUUUUAUAUCUCCAUUAAAGGGCUUAUUAGUAUAAAUUGGCAUUCGACGACGGAUGGAUGUUGAUUUUCGAUUGAAUUUUUCUCUAGAUUUUCAUAAAUCAGUUUUCAAAUAAGUCUAUUUCGAUUUUCUUCACACAUUUGACAUACUCGGAAGUGUGUAUAGGAUAAUUCAGUACUUUUUCGUAUUUUAAAAUAAUAUUGAGUUUGUGAUAUGAAAAGUGUUGAUAAUAUCUAGAAACUUCUAAUCUUUUGAUGGAUGCGAAUCAAAUAAAAAAUGUGAACUGAUAACGGAGCUGCUUUCGACCCUGGAAAACAUGAACUUCGUUUGAUUUUUUUGGGAAAAUGUCUGUUAGAAUUGUUCUAGACAAUUCUGGUACAUACCAACCCGGUGAUACAGUGCACGGAAAAGUAGUUUGUAAUCAAUCAUCAUCACAGAGUUUUAGAGCGUUAAGAUGCAGAUUACGAGGAAGAGAACACACAGCUUGGACAGAAAGAGAAAGCUAUUACGAUAGUCAAUCGAAAUCGACGAAAUGGAGAACAGUUCAUUAUAGUGGAGAUAAUAAAUUCCUAGCUAUAAAUCAAGAUCUCCUUGGAGAAGGAACUUUGUCACCUGGCUACCACUCGUUUCCUUUUGCAUUCACAUUGCCAAAAGUAAAUAUGCCAAAUCCUUACAAUGGCAAUUACGGAUAUAUCAGAUAUUAUAUUAAAGCAGUAAUGGAUAUACCAUUUGCAUUCGAUCAAGAAGAUGAAGUUACAUUGCAUAUAAUAUCACCCAUUAAUUUCAACUUUAUUCGUCAAGAGUUAUGUUUGGAUCAAGUCUCUUACCAAGACGAUAAAACAAUAUGUUGUUGUUGUUGUGCCAGCGAUCCCAUCACCAUGGAAGUUAGUUUGGAAAAAGAAGCGUUCGUUGUGGGUGAAGUGGCAAAGAUAAAAGUAGAUAUAACUAACAUGUCCAAUGAAAGUAUAGUGGAAUUAAAUGUGUCAAUGAAAAUGACAAUAGAAUCAAAAACGACCAGUCCACGGACACACCAUAAAUAUGAUACUGAACUGAUAGGUCUUAUUUCAGAUACCGGAGUGGGGGCACAUGGACAAAGAGUUUAUAAUAUAGAUUUUCAAAUACCACAAUCAGCAAUAAUACCCAAUUUUUAUGGAAGCAGUUUAUUUAAACAAUGGUGUGUUUUAAAGGUUGAAGCUGUCAUACCAGGCUGUCAUUCAAAUUUGGAAAUUGAAUCUGGAGUACACUUAGGUCAUAUUCCAAUUUUGGAAUAUAAUUCAGAGCCACAACCACCACGUGUAAAUUGGAUUCCAGCUUCUGAAGCACCAGGAGGUUUAUUCCCAACACCUCCAAUAUUUAAUCCGGGUUUGAAUCCUCCGCCCUAUUCGCCAGAGAAAGCACCACCGUAUCCAACUGGAUCUCCAGGUUUUCCUACGCCUUUUGGAUAUGGAGAAGGUUCAUCGAGUUCUGCGACUGCCCCGAGAGAGGAGGAAGCUCCUUCAGCUCCAUCAAAAGCACAACUAGCCCAAGGUGACAACUUUGAAAUAAUAGAUGGAGAAAAAGAAGAACCACCCCCUCCGUCAUAUAACGAAAUUGUGAAAGGACAAUUACCGAAUCCUACAGCACCAACUGCGCCUCCAAGUUAAUUAAGUUUGAGUAUCUUAAGAUCUCGAUCCAAUAUACGACAAAUGAAAUUGGUUCAAGAACACCAUUUUAUGCUGGAAGUUUAUCAUCAUCAAGUAAUUGUAUGCAAGUGCCAAAUAUGAAAUAAUAUCUAGCAUUAAACCGAUCAAUGAAUAGAUAUAGCAGAGUGCCCUUAUAAGUAAAUCGAUAAUUCACUUCUACUUAAUCUCAAUUUUUCCUACAAUUAUUUAUCUGUUUCCAAUGAGAAGAUUUUUUUACAGAAAUUUUCUGUAGCUACAAAGAAUGAUAACUUUUGGCAUAUUAAUUGUAAACACUCUUUGGUUUAGGUUGAAUUAUUAGGAACUUUGUAUCUUAUUAUUUUAUCAAAAAUUUAUUAUUAAUUGCUAGCUUAUUGUAUCGCAUUCAAAAUAAAAACUUGUGAAAUAAUACACUUUCGACAAUAAAAAUUAAUUCAUUA